CGUGGGCUCUGUAGGGCAGCAGUCACCCCACCACCAGGUCCCAGAGCCCAGGGCUGCGUGUUCCACUGGGAGCCUUUGAGAGGGCCAACGAACCAUGGAGACAGGACAGAGAACAUCUCGAAAAGUCCGGAAGCUGGGCUCCAGCCGGCGGCGGCAGACAAGAGAGCCGGCUGAUGGUGAAGAUGCUGAGGUGGCCCCAGAGCCAGAGUCUUGGUCCUCUCAGGCAGCGGCAGAACUACAGGCCUUCUUCCAGGACUGCGGUGCCAAGGAGAGGGGCUUUGUCACCCGCGAGGACCUGGCGGUGGCCAAGUUCAGCUUCCUGGGCAGCAAGGAGGAGUCAGAGAUGAUCUUCGACUGGGUGGACGUGGAGCGGAAGGGACAUCUGUCACUUGAAGAAUUCAGCUCUGGACUCAAAAACAUCUUUGGCUCCAGCCAGAGCUCCCACAGGCUCCGCAGAAGGAAGCCACUGCCCUCUAAGCGGGUGUCUGCUACCACCAGUUUCCCGGCUCUGGAGGAGGCCGAUGCUGAGGAGAAGGAGGCAUUCCUUGCCUUCAUAGAGCAGCUGGGGACUGGACACUUACUUCCCAAGCAGACAGAAAUCUGGCAGCUGUGGGGGCAGCUGCGGCAGGAGGAGCCCCAGCUGGCAGGCAACCUGGCAGGCUUUCUGGCCAAGAUGACCAGCCGCCUGCAGGAGGCCCAGGCAGACAAGGAGGCCUUGGAGCUGACCCUGAAGAAGUGUGACUCUGACCACCACCGCGAGGUCCAGCAGCUCUAUGAGGAGAUGGAGCAGCAGAUCCGCCAGGAGAAGCAGCAGCUGCAGGCCGAGAGUGACACUCGGGGCCUGGCCCUCACCUCCCAGAUGCAGGACGUCCUAGAAGCCAAGGAGCGCGAGGUGCAGCGACUAGCUGAGGGCCAGAGGGAGCUGGAGGCCCAGCUCUCCCACCUCAGGAGCACACAUCAGGAGGCUGCCUCAGAGAACCAGCAGCUGCGGGAGGCCAAGCGUGACCUGGCCGGGCGGCUGGAGGAGGUGCAGGGGCAGCUGCAGGUGACCAGGGGGCGCCUGGACGCCACCAGGGGCCGGGUGUCCUGGCAGGUGGAGGAGAAACUGAGUGUUCCUGGAGUGGGUGAGAAGACCCCAGACCCUCGGGCUGUCUCCCCUGAGGAGGCCCCCCUGCCUGGGCUAUUUGGGGACAAUGAUGACUGGGACCAGCUCCUGAGCAACUUUGGCAGCCCUCCGCACGGAGCCCUGCAGCUCUGCUGGAGCCCGCCCCCGACCCCAAGAGCCGCCUCAGGCCCCCAGACACCCCGUGUGGUCAGGCAGAUCUCCAUCUCGGAGCCACAGGCUUUACUAUUCGGUCAGGAGCCAUCUUCAGAUCCAGAUGGGGCUCCAAAGACCCCCCCUGGGGUGCCUUUCGGCGCCAAGGACAGUAAAGGAGUGGACCCAGAUGAGCAGGACAUUAGUGCAGAGCAGCCUGUCGAACCGCACAACCUGGACCCCAACCAGGAGCCGGGGUCCACCCCCGAGGGCCGCCUCCUCUGGGGUCUCUCAGGAAGCCUGGUGGCACCUGCAUUCAAAGUGCUCAUUCCUUUGGAGGAUGGGCCCCCUCCCCCUCCCCAGGCCCCAGCUGGGUCCAGCAAACAGAUCCAGGCCUCAGACCCAGAUGACAAGGACCCUGGGUCUUGGGCUCCUCCCAGGGGGGCUCAGCCUGGGGCUGGAGCAGGACCCACACAAACCCCUCCCACCAUGACUGAGCCGGAAACCCAGCCCGGACCCUCGCCCACAACUGCCUUCACAGGAGUGGACCCAGCCAAGCCGCCCAGGCAGAGAGAUACCCUCCAGCAGAACCUGCAUGCCACUGGCUCUGAGCCAAGACCGGGGGCCCAGAGGGCCAGAGCCCUCACCCUGGGGCCAACUGAGCCCUUCCAGGGCCUGGAGUUUGUGGGUCCGCUGCCCACAGAGAGGUUGGAGCAGGGCCACGCAGGCCCAGUGGUGCAGGAGGGCCUUCCUGAGGGGCUAAGAGAAGCUCAUGGCCGGGUCCUUGGGCUGGAUGAGCUGCCUGCCCUCCCCCACCAGGGGCUAGAAGAGGAACCCAGGUCUGAGGAAGGAAAACAAGAGGGCCGAGGUGAACAGGACCUCAGUUCAGAGCAGUCAGUUGAGGCUCACGGCCUGGAAACUGCGCAUUCGCAACUCCCCCAGCAAGAUUCUCUGCUUGCUUCUCUCCCAUCUGCCACACCACAGGCUCAGGUGGAAGCAGAAGCCCCCGCUCCUGGAAAACCAGCACCUCCAAAGGACUCUCCUCCCGGAGGGGCUCAGCCUGGGGCUGGAGCAGGAACCAAGGAACCCACGCGAACCCCUCCCACCAUGGCUGAGCAGGAAGUCCAACCCAGGCCAUCCCUCAUGACUGCUCACGCGGAAGAACAAGGCCCCCGUCACUCCGGGGAACCAAGGGCAGAGAGCAGACUUGACGAUCCAGGAACGGACUCCAGGGAGGCUGGGCUGACCCCAUCCCCGGGAGACCCCAUGGCUGCAGGGGAACCCCAGGCCAACCCUGAUUACCUCUUCCAUGUCAUCUUCCUGGGAGACUCCAACGUGGGCAAAACAUCCUUCCUGCACCUGCUGCACCAGAAUUCCUUCGCCACCGGCUUGACAGCUACCGUGGGAGUAGAUUUUCGGGUCAAAACCUUGCUGGUGGACAACAAGUGCUUUGUGCUGCAGCUCUGGGACACGGCUGGCCAAGAGAGGUACCACAGCAUGACGCGGCAGCUGCUCCGCAAGGCUGAUGGGGUAGUGCUCAUGUACGACAUCACCUCCCAGGAGAGCUUUGGCCACGUGCGCUACUGGCUAGACUGUCUCCAGGACGCAGGGUCGGAUGGGGUGGUCAUCCUUCUCCUGGGAAACAAGAUGGACUGUGAGGAAGAACGGCAAGUGUCCACAGAAGCUGGGCAGCAACUGGCCCGGGUCACUCAGGAUGCAAGAAGAAGGCCUGAAGGGCUCGCUGGUGGAGGUGACCCCCAAGAAGCAGCCCAAGAAAUUCGGCUGUUGCUCCUGACCGCUUGUCCUGUCCUGGGUGGGAUGGACACCCGCAUGGUUUCCUGUCCCUCAGCUCCUGUUCUUCGUUCCUGGACAGCAACGAAACAGAGGACCAGCCUGGAGGUUCAGGAAAACCCUUCUCAAAUCAGGACUCAGAUCCCAAAGCAGGGCUGCAUCACCUCUGCCUUUCAAACUCCAAAGGAGGGCUUUGUUGAGUGAACAAGACUUGGGGGGCAGGAGUAUGGCAAAACUCUCCAAAGAAAGAAAAAGUCUGGAAAAACAACUUAAGGAAAAUACACCAAAAUAUUGGCCACACAUCUGUGGGUGAUAAAAUUAUAGCGAGAAUGUGUGUGGGGGGGUGUUACUUUCGAUUUUACACAUAUUUGUAUUUUCAGAUUUUCAACAAUAAGGAUAUUCAUUACGUAAUCAGAAAAAAAAGAGAUGAGGAGGAGAGAAACUUUCCAAGGAGCUCCCUUGGGUGCUGCUGGCUCCUAAUUGGUGUAACCUGUUAAUCACCGCUCAGUGUUAGAGCGGUCCCUCUGUGCUCUGCCUGGCAGGGCGCUGUUGGCCUGGUCUCCCUCGCUAUUUCUAUUUGCAAGCAUGGGCUUUCUUCGGUUCCUGGGAAGAGUGAUGAUCCGAAGGCCUCUGAUACGCCCUGAUGCCCUCCUGUCUUGCAGAGCCCCGACCUCACUCCCUUUCCGCAUGAUACGAAACACACCUCACAGGGGUCACAUUCGAGGGUCUCAUCCCCUGCUCCGGUGCCACGGUGUCCCCAAGCACAGGGCUUCGGCCUGAGUUGUCAGUCUCUGGAUGUAUUUGAAGGGCAGCUAGGGUGUGGCUGGGGGUCCAAACAGCUGGGGAGCCUAGACUCAGAAUCAUUCACACACUCUUCUUUGGAGCUUUUGCAGAAGUUUCCGGAAUUCCAUAAAAUUCACCUCCUGAAUGGCGGCUGCACCUGAUCGGCCAGGGCUGGGGUU